CUCACCCAUCGACACAGAGAUAAUUACAAAGGUAUCAUUUAUUUUCUAGAGAGAGAAAACAAAAACAGCAAAAGGCACAUCAAAUUUGAACUCAAAUCACCUCUCUCUCUCUCUCUCUCAAAUUUAUCAUCUUCACUCUCAUAUUAUACUACCCACUGCAGUUUUUCUGAACUCAUUCUCCCGAACUGUCUCACACUCUCUUUCUCUCUCAACCUAUAUUUACACAAAUAUCAUAGAUAUUUGUUCUCACAUUGAUAAUAAUUACAAUACAGCUUUGGGUUUUGGGAUUUUUUGAUGCGCGUUGCGAAAAGCUAAUAGAUCAGUGAUGGCGGAGGUUUCCGGCGAGGGAAGUGUCGGCAUGGCAGCGGAGAUGGCUCCCGGAGAGAGCAGCGGCAAUGCGCAGGCAGCGACGCCACUUACUGUGUCUGCUUCGUUCAAGGAAGGAGGCAAGGGUUCGUCGUCGCGGCGGAGGGCGUCUGUACGGCCAAGCCUCGACGCCGAUGAUUUAAUAAACCUGCUCCAUGGUUCGGAUCCGGUGAAGCUGGAGCUCAAUCGACUCGAGAACGAAGUCAGAGUAUAUUUGGGAAUGGAACUGGGUAAGGCUCUUGCUUUUGCCACUGUAAUAGUGGACAUUAAAGGCGACAGGAAUCUUGAAAUUAAGAAAAUUAAUGAUGAAAAGAAGGCCUCCAUGGCAGCUCAAUUUGCAGCAGAAGCAACUCUUCGCAGGGUUCAUGCUGCUCAAAAGGAUGAUGAUAUGCCUCCAAUUGAAGCUAUCCUGGCUCCAUUGGAGGCUGAGCUCAAGCUUGCUCGGCUAGAGAUAGCGAAGCUGCAGGACGAUAACAAAGCAUUAGACAGGCUCACCAAAUCAAAAGAGGCUGCUCUUCUUGAAGCUGAGAGAACUGUACAGGUUGCAUUAGCGAAGGCUUCUAUGGUGGAUGAUCUUCAAAACAAGAACCAAGAGUUAAUGAAGCAGAUUGAAAUUUGCCAGGAAGAAAAUAAGAUACUGGAUAAAAUGCAUAGGCAGAAGGUUGCAGAAGUUGAAAAGCUUACCCAAACGGUGCGUGAGCUUGAAGAGGCUGUGCUUGCUGGUGGGGCAGCUGCCAAUGCUGUACGUGACUACCAGCGGAAAGUUCAGGAGAUGAAUGGUGAGAUGCAGCAACUUAAGGACAAGCUUGCCAUUAGUGAGAGAACCGCCAAAUCUGAAGCUCAGUUGAAAGAAAAAUAUCAACUAAGACUCAGAGUUCUUGAAGAGACUUUGAGAUCACCUAACACAGCAUCUCGAGGCAUGCCAGAUGGAAGGAGCUCAAGCAAUGGUGCUUCUCGCCGGCAGUCUCUUGGUGGAGCCGAAAAUAUUUCCAAAUUGACAUCCAAUGGCUUUCUUCCCAAGAGGUCACCAUCAUUUCAACUCAGAUCAUCUGGUAGCAGUACAGUGUUGAAACAUGCAAAAGGAACAUCAAAGUCCUUUGAUGGUGGCUCAAGAUCUUCGGACAGGGCUAAAGUUCUUUUAAAUGGAUUAGGACUGAAUUUCAAGCAAAGCCAGUCUUGUGAUGGAACUAAGGAAACUGAGACUCAAAGUAGUAAAUGCAAAACAACUCCAGAGGAUAAAUCAAUUGAUACACAAGUUCCAGAUAAAGAGGAUACUGUGCCAGGGUUGUUAUAUGACCUGUUGCAAAAGGAAGUGGUCUCUUUGAGGAAAGCUGGCCUUGAAAAGGAUCAGAGUCUUAAAGACAAGGAUGACGCUAUUGAGAUGUUAGCAAAGAAGGUAGAGACUUUGACUAAAGCGAUGGAAGUUGAAGCCAAAAAAAUGAGAAGAGAGGUGGCUGCUAUGGAGAAGGAGGUGGCUGCCAUGCGCGUGGAGAAAGAACAUGAAAAUAGAGCAAAACGACUUGGGAAUUCGAAGAGUUCUGUCAAUCCACAUAUGCUGCCUGCAAGGAGUGUUUCAAGAAGUGGUUUGACGCGCAGCACACAAUAACAAAAAUCCCGAACUCGAACAUUGACGAUCGUUCCCCCCUAAAUUUGAUCAUUUAUCCUUUUCAUGUCCUAAGUUUUUACCUUUGACUAUUUGUAUAAUCGUGACAAGCAUGCCAAUGGCUCUUUGGUUGGUGGCGAGAGAGGAAGAAAAAUCGUGCAAAAAAUCUGGUGGGAAAUGGUUGGGUGUGCUUUCUGACAUAGAAAUUAUAAUCCCUCCCCCUUCUGCUUUAAAGAACAUGAGGAUAUCAACUGAACUAACCCUUUGGCAGUAUAUUUUGGGUUGCAGUUUCUAAAUGUGUUUGUAUAGGUAUUUAAGCUUCGAUGGUGACUUGUCUUUUUUCGCCUCUAAACUUUUGUUGUUUUAUUAUUGUUUUGCAGUCUAUAUUUGAAGUCUGCAGUUAGUAUGGUGUUGGUAUUUUGUUUGAGGUUUUGUCAUCUUUUUAUCAGAUGCAAUUUCUUUUAUCAAGUUAUGCAAUGUUUGUGUUCUUGUUCAUCUGUAGUUAGCGUACUUGAAGAUUUCUUUUGCAUUGCUGGUCAUCCUUAAGAUCAGAGUUAUGAGAUCUCAUUUUGAACGCUGAAAGAUUUCUGUGUUCUUUUGUUUGGC